AAAAUUUCCGCUAGAAAGAGAAUAAAUAUUUAGUUUCCAUACGCAUAGCAUACAGAUCUCACUGUAUCACUCGCGUGCUCUCUCUCUCUUAUUUGCAGCCGUUGCCUUUUCCUCCACCUCCAACGUUAUCACCUCUCACUGUAUAAAUACCACCCUACUCUCUCGAGCACCCACGCUUUCUUCACCUUCUGUUUCCCUCUGAAGGAGUGAUGGGAGAAGCCGUGGAGGAUGUCUAUGAUGCCAAUGGCUACGAUAGCCAUCAAGCCAAGGAGGGUGUAGAUGAAUGCAAAUGGUAUGAGGAGGAGAUCGACGAUGAUCUCAAAUUUUCUUAUGCUUUGAAUAGCGUGCUGCAUAGAGGGACCAGCAAGUACCAAGACAUAGCUCUUCUUGACACAAAGCAUUUUGGAAAGGCGUUGGUGAUCGAUGGGAAGAUGCAGAGCACCGAGAUGGAUGAGUUCAUCUACCAUGAAUGCUUGAUACACCCAGCCCUUCUCUGCCACCCCAAUCCUAAGACGGUAUUUAUAAUGGGAGGUGGAGAAGGGUCUGCUGCAAGAGAAGUCCUCAAGCAGGAGGUUGUGGACUUUUGUCGGAUGUAUUUGGUUGCCAACCAAGAAGCUUUCGCUAGUGACAAGCUCUAUCUCAUCAUCAACGAUGCCAAGGUGGAGCUGGACAAGAGAGAGGAGAAAUAUGAUGUAAUAGUGGGAGAUUUGGCUGACCCUGUGGAAGGAGGACCAUGCUAUCAGCUCUACACUAAAUCAUUCUAUGAACAAGUGCUCAAGCCCAAGCUGCAUCAUGAUGGCAUCUUUGUCACCCAAGCUGGACCAGCUGGUGUUCUAACACAUAAGGAGGUCUUUUCAUCUAUAUACAACACCCUUAAGCAUGUUUUUAAAUAUGUGCUUGCAUACACAGCUCAUGUGCCUUCCUUUGCAGAUACAUGGGGAUGGGUUAUGGCAUCUGAUCAACCAUUUACUCUUAAUGCUCAACAAAUUGAUGAGAGGAUCAACGAGAGAAUUACCGGAGAGCUGCUGUACUUAAAUGGCAAGUUCCUCAUAUCUGCAACCACUAUGAACAAGAGUGUUUACCAAUCAUUGUUGAAUGAAACACAUGUGUACACAGAGGAAAAUGCAAGAUUUAUACAUGGACAUGGGAGGGCAUGUUGUGCUUAGGACUCUUCAUUCAAGGGACAAAUGGAUAUGGAGUUUUAAAUGAACAAUACUUGGGGCAAAGAGAGCAAGAAUCUUAUGAAGAAGUUUGGGUGUUAGCAUUCUUUGCUUCUUUUAUACCCAAAAAAAAUAAUUGUGUUGACCACGACUCAUCUGAUGAAAUAAAAAGUAAAUUCUAAUAAAUUGUAUGAUAUUUAGUUA